AUAAAAGGGAAGACUUAUUGUCAGAUUUGAUUAAUUUGUGGACAGACGUCUAGAAACCGCAUACAAUGGCCUACGAAGGAAAAGUUUACACGUUCGACAGCCAGGAGAACUUCGACGAGUACCUCAGGCGUAUGGGUGUCACUGAAGAGGUGAUUCAACAAUACGCCGAGUUUAAGGGCACCGCCGAGUUAAGGAAGGAGGGAAACAAGUACAGAUACAUCACUACCGCCGUCCAUGGCAACAACGAAGUCGUGUUCGAGUCUGGCGUGGAGGUCGACGAUGUAGGCCUGGGUCGUGUUCCGAUCAAGAGCGUGUACACAGUCAACGGUAAUACAGUGACACAGGUUGUCAAGGGCAGCGAAGGAAAAGGCGCCGUAAUUAGAGAAUUCAGCGAAGACCUCCUCAAAAUGACCUUAACCUCUGAUUCGCCGGAUUUCGUCGCAUACAGAUAUUACAAGGCUUAAUUUUAUUGUUAUGUAAUUUAUUGAUAAAUAAAUAAAUAAAAUAAAA